UUUUUUUUGGCUCCCACUAUAAGUUCAGAACGGAUUGAGCUUCAUUUUUCCCUGGUUUUCUCCUUCCAUCUUGAAAGCUAGGGUUUUGCCUGGUUAAUUAUGGUGAAGCAUAACAAUGUAGUGCCCAAUGGGCACUUCAAAAAGCAUUGGCAGAACUAUGUUAAGACAUGGUUUAAUCAACCGGCUAGGAAACAAAGGAGAAGGAUAGCCCGCCAAAAGAAGGCAGUCAAAAUUUUUCCCAGGCCUACUGCAGGGCCUCUUCGUCCCAUAGUCCAUGGGCAAACUCUUAAAUACAAUAUGAAACUGAGGGCGGGGAGAGGCUUCUCUCUUGAAGAACUGAAGGCGGCUGGGAUACCAAAGAAGUUGGCUCCAACCAUUGGCAUCGCAGUGGAUCACCGCCGCAAAAACCGAUCGUUGGAAGGAUUGCAAACCAAUGUCCAACGUCUUAAAACUUACAAAGCCAAGUUGGUUGUCUUCCCAAGGCGACCUAAGAAAUUCAAGGGUGGUGAUUCAAGUGCCGAGGAGUUGGCUACCGCCACACAAGUAAAUGGCGAAUUCAUGCCAAUCACACAUGAGAAGCCAACGGUUGAGAUGGUUCGAAUCACAGAUGAAAUGAAGGCCUUUAAGGCCUAUGACAAGCUUCGAGUUGAACGCAUGAACCAGCGUCAACUUGGGCCUCGUUUGAAGAAGGCGGCUGAAGCUGAGAAAGACGAGAAGAAGUAGAAGUGAAGAUGUUGGUAUCAAGGGUCUUACAUGAAAUAUGGACUAAAAUUUUUGUUUCUUGUUUCGCAGACCUGUUGCAUAGGAUGAGUGAAAUUUGCAGACAUCUAGCAAUUUCUGAGGAAUGAUUUUGCUACUGUUUUCUUCAUGUCACAUUGUGGGCAUAUAAACUCCCUCUCGCCUUCUCUCUCCCCAACCCCCUCUGUUAGAAUUUCUUAAUUUGAAGAAUGAUUGUCGGAUUUUGCUACUGUCAAGUGUCCUACAAGCACAUACUUAAACCUGUGGUAUUCAGCAUAAAAUGUUCCCUCUCU